AAUUUAUUCGAGUCCAUCAAAUCUUCUCACAUUCAGUGUAAUGGCGGAUUCGAUUCCUGCAUGUUUCUUGACUCAAGCCGACGCUUUACUUAGGAAGAAUUUAGUUUUCCAGAGACGGAACAUAUGGAGCAAUAUACGUCUCAUCACGAUCCCUUUCUUCCUCUGUCUACUUCUCCUUGUUGUCCAAAUGCUCUUCGACACACAAUUCAACGACGUUCAUGGUCAAUGUGGCUGCAAAGAGAAAGCUUGUGACUUAAGGUAUUCCACUUCAGAGCAAGCAGCGUUUUGCGCCAUUCCUAAUCCACCACAAUGGACUCCGUUACUUCAAAUCCCAGCUCCUCAAUACCGAGCCAGGACCCCACAACCGAGUCAUUCUUUUCCUGCAACUUUUCUCUUCACCGGAAAGAAUCAGUCCCUCGGAAAAGGUAUAAACCCUAAUGGGAUAUUAAUUUUAUUUUCUUAUGUGACAAUGAAAUUGUUUGUUUUGACAGUUCUAAUGGGAAAUAUGCAAAGCAAAUCAUCUGAAUUUGAUGGAAAUUUAGCCAAUUAUGUCUUGGGCUCAUCAUCUUUCCCUGCAUACACCAAUCAUAUGGACUCUGCUUUCAUCUCAGAUCUUCCCAUUUAUAACAUCCAACAUGAAUGCUCACCAAACUCUUCUUUCUCAACCUUAACUCACCAAUCACCUCUUGCUUUCCCUAAAGAGGUAAAAUGUGUCCAAGGCUUAAAUAUGUGGGUGGAUAGUUCUUCCGAUGUGAACAGCGAGCUUUUUAAGGGCUACCGAAAAGGAAAUCCAAACAAGAAGAUCAAUGAGUUUCCUGGAGCUUUUGAUUUUCAGAACACAAAUGGCAACAAUCUCAAUGUUUCUGUUUGGUACAACUCCACAUACAAGAACGAUACAGUGGUUCGACCUAUGGCUCUGAUUCGAGUCCCUCGCUUAGUUAAUCUGGCAUCUAAUGCAUAUCUUGAGUUCCUAAAAGGUUCUGAGACAAAGAUACUAUUUGAUUAUGUCAAGGAAAUGCCUAAACCAGAGACUAAACUGAGCCUAGAUAUCGCCUCUCUAAUCGGCCCACUCUUCUUCACAUGGGUCAUUCUGUUAUUAUUCCCUGUGAUCUUAACAACACUGGUCUAUGAGAAACAACAGAGGUUAAGAAUCAUGAUGAAAAUGCAUGGACUUGGUGAUGUUCCUUACUGGAUAGUUUCAUACACUUAUUUUCUUCUGGUAUCAAUUCUCUACAUGUUGUGCUUCGCUAUAUUCGGUUCAGCCAUUGGGUUAAACUUCUUUAGGCUUAACGACUUUAGUAUCCAACUUGUGUUCUUCCUGAUAUACAUAAAUCUUCAAAUAUCACUCGCCUUUUUAGCCUCUGCAAUGUUUUCAGAUGUUAAAACGGCUACAGUUAUCGCAUACAUAUAUGUCUUUGGAACCGGUCUCCUAGGAAUCUUUCUUUUCCAAUUCUUCUUGGAAGAUCCUCUCUUUCCAAGAGGAUGGAUAAUUGCAAUGGAGUUAUACCCUGGAUUUACUUUAUACCGCGGGCUAUAUGAGUUAUCACAGUCUGCAUUUGAGGGAGAUUACCGCGGAAUUGAUGGAAUGCGAUGGAGAGAUUUUGAGAAUAAUGGAAUGAAACAAGUUAUUUGUAUCAUGCUCAUUGAGUGGUUGUUACUUCUUGUUUCAGCAUAUUACAUUGAUCAAAGCACUUACUCUAGGAAACAUCCAUUCUUCUUCUUCCUACGACAAAACUCUUCAAAGAAGAAACAACAUCACUACUUCUCUAACAACCAAACUUCAAAAGUUGUCGUUGAAAUGGAAAAACCAGAUGUGUGUCAAGAGAGGGAGAAAGUAGAGCAGCAUCUACUUGAAUCAUCGGCAAACUGCGCGGUUUUAUGCAAUAAUCUCAAGAAGGUGUACUCAGGUAAGGAUGGCAAUCCUCAGAAAGUUGCGGUAAGAGGAUUAUCUCUGGCUUUACAUCAAGGAGAAUGCUUUGGCAUGCUUGGUCCUAAUGGAGCAGGCAAAACUUCUUUCAUCAACAUGAUGACAGGAAUCAUCAAACCAUCGUCUGGCACAGCAUUUGUCCAAGGUCUUGACAUACUAACCGAUAUGGACCGGAUAUAUACAACAAUUGGAGUCUGUCCACAACAUGAUCUCUUGUGGGAGAAACUGAGUGGAAGGGAACAUCUACUGUUUUAUGGAAGGCUCAAGAAUCUCAAAGGGGUUGUCUUGACACAAGCUGUCGAAGAGUCGCUUCGCAGUGUCAACCUUUUCCAUGGAGGGAUUGGUGAGAAACAAGUUGGGAAAUACAGUGGAGGGAUGAAGAGACGGCUCAGCGUUGCCAUUUCUCUCAUAGGAAACCCCAAAGUUGUUUACAUGGAUGAGCCAAGCACCGGGCUUGAUCCAGCCUCGAGGAAGAGUUUAUGGGAUGUAGUAAAACUGGCUAAACAAAAAGGGGCGAUAAUACUCACGACACAUUCAAUGGAAGAAGCUGAAGUUUUAUGUGAUCGUCUUGGAAUUUUCGUUAAUGGUAGUUUGCAAUGCAUAGGCAAUCCAAAGGAGUUGAAGGGUCGAUAUGGAGGAUCCUAUAUACUGACUGUGACAACUUCAGAGGAACACGAGCAAGAAGUGGAGCAAUUAGUGGAUACUAUUUCUAAGAAUGCAAAGAAGAUAUAUCGAACGGCGGGGACUCAGAAGUUUGAGCUUCAAAAGCAAGAGGUGAAGAUCGCAGAGGUCUUUCAAGCAUUGGAGAAGGCAAAGAUGAUGUUUCCGGUGGUGGCUUGGGGACUCGCAGACACAACUCUUGAAGAUGUCUUUGUGAAGGUUGCUCAAACUUCUUAGCUAAUUUAACAACGUUUUCAAUGUCUUCUAUAUCUUCUUGACCAAUCUCAAUCUUAAUUUCAUCUUAUGUUAAACAACUAUUACUCCAAUUGAUAACUCAACAAAAUUCCAUUAUUUA